AGUAUAUCACGUGACUCACCGCGACCAAACGAUUCUCCGGCGCCGACUAAGUUUGAUUCGCACAAAAUUUCGUCGACGCAACAACUUUGCUCUCCCAGUCUUUCUCCUCCCCCGCCAUCAUCCCACUCGAGAUCUGCCACAAGUCCUCUCAAGAUGUCGUUCGGCAAGCUCUACGGUCUUCCCGACAACCCUCGCUCCAUCCCGAUCCUGGUCGCGGCCAAGAGCAAUGGCCUGGACAUCGAGGUCGUCCCUACUGAGGGCAAUGUGAACGCCUCUUUCAACCAGAGCGCUGAGUACACCAAGCUCAACCCUCUGGGCAAGAUCCCCACCUUCGUUGGUGCCAAUGGCUUCGUCCUCACUGAGGCCAUCGCCAUCGCCAUCUACGUUACCUCCCAGAACGAGAAGACCACCCUCCUGGGCAAGACCAAGCAGGACUAUGCUUCCAUCCUCCGCUGGUUGUCCUAUGCCAACUCUGAGCUCCUGCCCCGCUUCGGUGCUUGGUACCGCCCCCUGAUCGGCAAGGACCCCUACAACAAGAAGAAUGUUGAGGAGGCCUCCAAGGUUGCCCUGAAGAACAUCUCCGUUCUCGAGGCUCACCUCACCCAGAACACCUACCUCGUUGGCGAGCGUAUCACCCUCGCUGAUAUCUACACUGCCGGUCUCCUGACCCGCGCUUUCGCUCUCGUCCUGGACAAGGAGUGGCGCUCCCAGAACGUUGCCGUCACCAGAUGGUACGAGACCGUUAUCAACCAGCCUUUCUUCAAGGCUGUUGUUGAGAACCCCGUCUUCGCUGAGAAGACCGUCACCUACACUCCCCCCAAGAAGGAGGAGAAGCCCAAGAAGGAGGCUGCCCCCGCUGCCGCUGCUGCCGCUCCUGCUGAGGAGGAGGACAAGCCCGCCCCCAAGCCCAAGCACCCCCUUGAGGCUCUCGGCAAGCCCACUCUCAUCCUCGAUGACUGGAAGCGCACGUACUCCAACGAGGACACCCGCCCUGUUGCCCUUCCCUGGUUCUGGGAGCACUACAAGCCCGACGAGUACUCUCUGUGGCGCGUUGACUACAAGUACAACAACGAGCUUAAGCUCACCUUCAUGUCCAACAACUUGAUCGGUGGUUUCCACGCUCGUCUGGAGGCUUCCCGCAAGUACCUCUUCGGUGCUCAGUCCGUUUACGGUACCAACUACGACAACAUCAUCCGUGGUGUCUUCCUGGUCCGCGGCCAGGAGUUCAAGCCCGCUUUCGACGUUGCCCCCGACUGGGAGAGCUACGAGUUCACCAAGCUCGACCACACCAACGAGGAGGACAGGAAGUACAUCGCCGACAUGUGGGCCUGGGAUGUCCCUGUCGUUGUGGACGGCAAGGAGUACCAGUGGGCUGACGGCCACGUCUUCAAAUAGAUGAUUCAAAUCAGGUAGCAGUUUCCUGUGGCAUUCAUGAUAUACCUUUGCCCCUGGCUUCUGGUUCUGUAUCAUCUGCUUGAAUUCUCUUAUGUCCCCAGUACCCUCGACUGUUUGAUGGUGUACUGGGAGCCGGGUUACGGUUAUUUCGCAUGCGGGCUUCUCUCUGUCCACCAUGAGCCGCUUCCCAGCCUAUGCUCCCCACGCACGGCUUCCCCCCUUCCCGCCAUUAAUGUCCACCCUGCCCAUUACGUUUUUUCUUUGGUCAAUCAAUAGCAAACGCGCUGAUGGUCAUGUCAUGCUUACGAUGUCUUGAGAAGAUGAUGGAAUGAUAGCCUACAAUAGCUGUAGACACAAAAGAUCUUUGAUUACUUCCACAUUUAGUCCACCGUAGUUUCGUCGACUUCAUUCUAGACCUCUAUUACUUUGCUACUCUCACCGAAGAUGUGAGAAAAGUGUAAGUGCGCUUCCUAAAGUCAUGG